AUGGCUGCUCCUGAGGAGGGGAUGGAGACCGACGCGGGUGUCGGCGACUGCUCCUGGAGGGCAUCAGUGGCCAUGGAGGAAGCAGGGGAUCUCGAGAUCUCCGGCGUCAGCUCCAACUCCACCAUCAACGAUGACAAUGGCUGUGCAUGGACCGAUUGGUCCCCAGUCAUCGACUGGGGACCUCUCUCCGGCGCCGAUGAUGACUUCCGAGGCCUCAUCGAGUCCAUGAUGUGCGGCGACAAUGACGACGACUUCCCCGGCGCCGGUGUAACCUGCAUGGCCUAUGAUCCAUACUGGAAUUCUAACCCAAGCAGCACCAGCACCAGCACCGGCACCGGCACGCCACCGGCAGAGGAGCCUAGUAGUAGCUAUGGUGCCGGCGGCGACAAUGAUGACAAGGGGCUGCGGCUGGUGCAUCUAUUGAUGGCGGCGGCAGAGGCCCUGGCGGGGCCCGACAUGAGCCGGGAACUGGCCCGGGUGAUAUUGGUUCGGCUCAAGGAGUUGGUUUCCCCGGCCGGCGGCUCCGCCACCGGUUGUUGUGGAGGGACUAACAUGGAGCGCCUCGCCGCGUACUUCGCCGAUGCCCUCCAGGGCCUGCUUGACGGCUCCUCCGCCUCCGCCGGAGCAGGCGGCCGGCAAUCAGCGUCGCACCGUGAUGACCAAACCGGCGAUGUACUGGCUGCAUUUCAGCUGCUCCAGGACAUGUCCCCCUACGCGAAAUUCGGCCACUUCACCGCCAACCAGGCGAUCCUGGAGGCGGUGGCCGACGACCGGCGAGUCCACAUCGUCGACUACGACAUCGCCGAGGGCGUCCAGUGGGCAUCGCUCAUGCAGGCGCUUGUCUCCCAGAAGGACGGGCCCCCACCGCCGCACCUGCGGAUCACCGCCGUCACGCAGGGUGGCAGCGGGACGCGGGCAGUGCAGGAGACCGGGAGGCGGCUGGCGGCAUUUGCGGCAUCUCUGGGACAGCCCUUCUCCUUCGGGCAGUGCCGGCUGGACACCGACGAGCGGUUCCGGCCGGCGGGGGUGAAGGUGGUGAAGGGCGAAGCGGUUGUCGUAAACUGCGUGCUGCAGCUGCCGCCGCAUGCGGCGCGGGCGACAACUCGGGGGGCGGAGUCGGUGGCGUCGUUCCUGUCGGGGGCGGCGACGCUGGGGGCGAGGGUAGUGGCGGUGGUGGAGGAGGAGGGGGUGGAAGAGGAGGGGGACUUCGUGGGGAGGUUCAUGGACGAGCUGCACCGGUACUCGGCGGUGUGGGACUCGCUGGAGGCCGGGUUUCCGAUGCAAGGCUGGGCGAGGGGGCUGGUCGAAAGGGUGAUACUGGGGCCGAUGAUCGCCGGAGCGGUGAGGAGGGCUUACAGAGCUACUGGAGAAGGAGGGUGGGGUGAGUGGAUGGGAAGGAUGGGGUUCGGAAGGGUUGGUAUCAGCUGUUUCAACCACUGCCAGGCUAGGCUGCUGCUGGGGCUCUUCAAUGAUGGGUACCGGGUGGAGGAGGACGGGCUUAACAAGUUGGUGUUGGGUUGGAAGUCUCGGAGACUCACCUCAGCUUCCAUCUGGUCACCUCCUCCGCCUCCUACACCUACUGCUGUACCUCCGGCCAGUGGAGUCAGCAACGGCAUGGAGGAUUCUGAUUUCUUGCUGGAUUGA